AUGGGCUUAAUACUGUUCUUGCUGCCGGCUGUGGCAGCAGUUGUCACAAUCUACUGUGUAGUUGCACACGUAAGACAUGCAGCGAAGGCGAAAUCUUUCGGGUGCCAACCAGCACCACUCUUUCGACCUUGGGAUGUCUUUGGCGUGCAGAAUUUCAAGAUUGAGACGAAUGGAAUGAAGACCAACCGCUUAUCUUAUGCCUUCCUAGAUCGCAAGAAAGAAAUGAGCGCAAAGGUCGGACGAGACUGCAAAACAUUUCGAAUAUAUUACCCACCAGGAGAGACGUGGUACUACACCUUCGACCCGAAGAACCUGCAGGCUGUGCUAGCGACCCAGUUCCAAGACUUCCAGCAACCAGCGGCCAGAGUGGGAGCGUUGGAUGCGCUCCUGGGUCUCGGUAUUUUCUCAGCGAAUGGAGCCAAAUGGGAACACUCUCGAGCUCUUCUAAGACCGCAAUUCAUACGUGAGCAGAUAGCUGAUCUAGGGCUAUUCGAGACGCAUGUCAAAGAUCUUCUUCAUGCCCUCCUAGGUGCAGUGGAGCCUGGCGAAUGGACUCCGACUGUGGAUGUGCAACCGCUAUUGGAACGUUUCACUAUGGAUACUGCCACCGAGUUUCUCUUUGGCGAAAGCGUGCACAGCCAGAAAGAUGAUAGUACAGAUACGAGUACUUUGUUCUCUAAGACGGAGAUGAUGCAAUUCGUAGAGGCCUUCUUCGCAGCAGAGAAGACAACGGCGAAAUCUAUGAUGUACGGCGACCUGUACUGGCUAACGCACGAUCGCAAAUUUAAAGAACAGUGUAAAGCUGUUCAUAACUUCGUCGAUACGUAUGUCUGGCGCCGCUUGAGGGACAGUGGCUCGGAUAAAAAGUCAGGGACUGGAAAGUACGUUGUUUUGGAUGCUAUUGUCGCUGACGUGAAGGAUCCGGAGGAGCUCCGCUCCCAGCUGUUGAACAUCCUUCUAGCAGGCAGUGAUACCAUCUCGGGAACUCUGGGCUACCUUUUUGCAUCAUUGGCACAAUAUCCUCAUAUCUUCAAGAAGCUUCGCAGCAUCAUCAUAGAUGAGUUUGGAACCUUCGAUCGACCGAAGCAGAUCACGCUCAGCGGGCUCAAGAGCUGUUCAUACCUUCAAUGGUGCUUGAACGAAGUCCUUCGAGUCUACCCUGCGGUUCCAGUCAACUUCCGUGAGGCCGCUAAGGACACAACACUGCCCGUAGGAGGUGGCCCGGAUGGGACUUCACCAGUAUUUAUACCCAAAGGUUACCUUGUUGCUUGGGAGCUUUGGACAAUGCAUUCAGACCCAGAAUUUUGGGGCCCUGAUGCUGACAGCUUCAAUCCAGAACGAUGGGACGGGCGCAAGUUUGGAUUCAACUACCUCCCAUUCAACGCUGGCCCUCGGAUAUGUAUCGGACAACAAUUCGCCAUGGCUGAGAUUGCCUAUGUCACAGUUAGGCUCCUGCAGAAUAUCGACUCAAUUGAUGGAUCAGCCUUGCCGAAAGGACGAUUGCCCUGUGAUUGGAAAUUGGUAGAUAAAGUGGCUGGGGGCGUGAACAUAAAGCUUCACAGCGCAAACAAGCAUCUGCGAUAG